UCACAACCCUCUAUCACACCGCGAUGGCCGACGCGAGGCUAUCGCGAGGGGUAUACCCUUUACGCCUAUCAUGCUACGAUAAUUUUGCUGUAGAUUAAUGUCUCAUUUCGUUGUUGGUUGUUGCUGACAGAAGCUUUUUGUGCAGUGAUGCUUCUUGCCUCAUAUACUUCUGAACACCAAGACUCCAACUGCGACAGAUCACAGCCCUAACAUACUCAAGAAGCUUCCGCCACUAAGACAAACCCACGCCCACCCUUCGUGAUCUUCAUCAGCAACACUCCUUGACCUCACUACCAUUCUGAACCUUCAUUUGCUUUACAUUAUACCCGCUGAACGACUUGACUUCGCGCCGCCUGCAUUCAUUUUCGGCCGCAUCCUCACUUUGCUCCAAUUCAUCUACAGACGGCCUGGAUCCGUCCUGAACUAUCAUUAUGAGACCGUCUUCUUUCUUUCUUACUGCCGUGAGUGCACUAGGACUCGCACGUUCAUGUUUCAGCAGUGUUAUCAACCAGAGGUCCUAUGUCGAUUAUGAAGAUGUAUCUUACAGCAUUGACGUACCUCAGAACACAUCGUCUACGGGGUCAGGCCCUAUCUAUCUCCGGCUCAGAGCCCCGCCUGGUGUCAAAUGGUUCGCACUAGGCCAGGGAUCGCAAAUGACAGACGGAAACCUCUUCAUCAUUUACUCUGCACCAGACAACAACAUCACACUCUCCACGAGAAGAGCAACUGGCCAUGUCCAACCGCAGUACGAUUCCAGCAUGCAUGCAUACCUCGAGGAAGGCUCUGGCAUUUAUGACGGGAUCAUGACGGCAAAUAUUCGCUGUGACAAUUGCACGACUUUGGCCAAUGGCAAGAGUGCAGUGGGAAAUCCCAGCUCCUGGUCCUGGGCUUUGACUUAUGGACCCCCACUCGUCUCUAGCAAUGUUUCUGAGAUGCUGUACCAACACGACUGGCAUGGCUCCUUCACACUUGACCUGGCUAAAAAUGCUGGUAGCAAUUUUUCGAACCCAUACUAUGUUCCGUUACGCUUUGCACCCAAUCUUUCGCCCUACUCUAACCCCCACCAAGUCAGUGAUACCAUUCUCCACAAAAAGCGAAUUGCGCAUGGCGUAAUGACCUCGGUGGCCUUCGUUCUUUUAUUCCCCAACUUCGCCCUCCUCUUGUACAUUGUUCCUUCUCGCCGCACUGUGGCAUGGAUCCACGCCCCUCUGCAAGCCUUCGCUGUGCUUCUAGCUCUGGCAGGAUUUGGUGUUGGCGUUUCCGUAUCGAAGGACCUACAAGAGCUCGGUGGCUACCACCCUGUCAUUGGAUAUGUAGCCGUUGGCGGGGUCGUCAUUAUACAACCGAUACUGGGCAUCAUGCAGCACCUGCACUUCCGCAAGACCGGGACGUCGUCACUUUAUGGGGUUUCGCACCGCUACCUCGGUCGCUUUCUUGCGGCACUUGGAAUUAUCAAUGGAGGACUUGGCUUCCACUAUGCGACGUCUAAGAAUCCCGAUAUUCCGCCCGCCUCGCCCAUCGCCUACGGUAUCAUUUGUGGAGCUAUGUUCAUGAUCUAUGUUGCUGUUAUCUUAUGGCGCAGGCGCAAGAACAAGCUUCAAGCUGCUCACUCCAUGGCAUUGAAAUGUGUUGAAAACAAAGGAAAUUUGGCCAAGAUGGACAACAGCAGUAAUAGCACACUUGUCCCAGUACCUGAUGGUGCCAUUGAUGCGUCGCGGAACAAGCCGUGGGAACGAUAAUCAUGGUUACACCAGCUACUAUCACGAUCGUUAUCAGCUAUUUUGUACUACAAGCGUACAUUCCCGUUAGGUCUUGCAUAUCCGGAGUUCGUCCUACAGCAUCCUGAAAUCUACUAAACCGGCAAAUUUUUUCGUUUUUCGUUCAUGUACUAUGAUGUUUGCAUCGAUGCAACCACUAUCCCCCUCUUUUGUUCUAUUUAUUUACUUCUUUGUUGGUGUUUGUAGUCCUACG